AUGAUUUCAUCUGAAGGCCACGUUGCCCUGAACCUUAAGCAUACUACAGGGCAGUCUUCAAUAAUCGAAAAUGGAGAGGAAAAGAAGGGAGGCCCAUAGUAAAUCGCGGCGAGGGUGUCAGAAUUGCAAGAAGCGACAUGUAAAGUGCGAUGAGCAAGUUCCGACUUGUGCGAAUUGUAUAGUUCGCAAGCUUGAUUGCGUCUACCAGUCUCCUCCAGAGUCCAGCGCGAGCUCGUCUACCACAUCACUUACUCGACGUCCCAAAAAGACGGCAAGAAGUAAUCCACCGGAUUGUUUAUCAGGCUCUUCUUCGGUUAUCAACUCGAGGACAUCUAUAGUCUCUCCUCCAGCCAACUCGUUGGUCUCUUCACCAGCUGCUUUCUCAAGCACCCCUGAGUCUCACGGACUCCUAGAACUGGAACUCAUGCAUCGAUGGACGACGAGGACUUAUAUGGGACUCGUCGCCGUCCCCGAAGACCAACCGCACCUGCAAGACUAUCUCCCCCGCGUCGCCCUUCGAAACACCUACCUGAUGAACGGCAUCCUGGCUCUCUCAGCUCUGGAAUUAGCUCGAGCGUCUGGAACACCAGCUACGUACCUCCCCGCAGCACUAGAAUAUAGCAACAAGGCCAGCGCCUCCUUCCGCACCGAAUUGAGUAAUAUCACGCAAGAUAAUUUACAUCUGCUCUACUACUUCGCCAUGAUAGCCGCGACCUUCAACUUCGCCCUGCCGCCUGAGCGGAUGAGCGCCAUAGAUCGCAUAGGCAUCGCAUUCGACAUGGUGAUCGGCGCUGUACAUAUAGCAGCGACGAACAUGCAAUGGCUCAUGGAGAGCCCCAUGUCCGUCGGCACAGUCCUUGGCCUCGGGAAUGUGACGAUGCAGAUCUUGGAUUCCGAGACUCUACUCGCGCUUGACAGAAUGACAUCUGUCAGUCGUCAGAUGAGUCCGAAGUCCUUACCUGCUAUGAAGGAGGAGAUCCAUGUUGCGGGACAGGAGGUCCCUAGUCCGCCGGAGAGUGAGAGGUAUAUGUAUUGGCUUGCGAUUGCGCAGUUGAAGUACUGCUUUGCAGAGGACGCACGGGGAUUGAUCGCAGGAUAUUGUCUGACCUUCAUCCCGGUCGCGGGUGCGGAUUUUAUCUGGGCGAUCCGGAAGCAGGAGCCGGUCGCCUUGUUUGUGCUCAUGUAUUUCGGUGUGCUCAUGGAUCGGUAUGGGGAGGAUCCGAGGAUGUGGUGGAUUACGACGACGGGACGGGACUUGGUGAAAAAGACUUCGGAGAUUCUUCUGCAGACUCCUAUUGCAACGAUUCCAGAUGGACGGGAGGGGAUAACAUGGACAAGGCAGCAGGCCGGCUUGCCGCCGUUGGUGAUAGAGGACUGUGUUUGCCCUCGGGACCUUUAUUAUGAACAGGAAGAGUUGGUAAUAUAAGGGGGACAAAAUAUAAUCAUUGGUCUGCCUUAAAUUCAGCUAGUUCGUCGAGCUCAGGCAAUACACGAGCGUUGAGGGGGCAAUGGCCACUUGUGAUCAAUUAAAGAUUGAUUCACGAAAAUGGCUCGAAUUUGUUUCUGUUGCAUCCCGGAGAGACCUUGCAGAGCACUCACGGAUGGCGCUUUGACUUUGAUCUAAGUUUAAGGGCCGAGAAAGAAGGUGUUGGUAGGAAGUAGAUUCGGGGCAAUCUCUUUGCUCCUUGGACUUCACAAGAUGUAAGAUUACUCUAUAGACAGGCAUAAUAUUCCCCUCAUGGCUUCACAAAUAAUAUCGAAACACUUCUCAGAAAGCUUGGUGGUGAGGAGAGUUUCGAGGACUAUAUAAUUGAGUGGUG